AUGGGGAAAAAGGCCUUGACCGGUGGGUUUCCUCAACAUGUGCAGGUGACCGGCGGUCCGGCUGUACCCGACGCCUUCUCCGCCUUUCCCGGUCCAACAGGCCAUUCAGACAGGAGCUGGCUGUUUGUCAUUGCAAUGAGCCUCAUCUUGUGUGUAUGUCUCUCCGUGGUGUACAAUCGUUUCCUCCAACUGGAGCAAUGGGCUUACCGUAUGGAGUUUGCGAAUCGCCGAGCUCCGACCCCAGCUUCUUUCGGUCAGCCACUUCGCAGCCCUGCGGCCCCAGAAGGCCAGUCAGUUUGUUCGGAGGAAGUGGAGUCGCUUCGUUUAUUAGUCAAAUCUGUUUCUCAAGUUAUGGAUCAGAUGCAAAGAGCUUUGGAAGUUUUGGAAAGGCGGGUGGAGAAUCUGACUUCAGCAAAGUGUCAGACCCGGUCUCCUACGUGGUUCAAGGCGGAUCCUCGUCCUGGAGCUGACGAGACGGUGAUCGGUCCACCCGUCGGCACGCGGCAUCGCCUUUGUCACCAGCACGUCCUGCUUAUCACGUCGCCGGAUGAGGACAUAGGCCAGGAGAUGCCACUGCCGGAACCGUGGAUGCAUCCAAGUCGUCUUAUGCUGCAGCGGAGCGCGGCC